CAGUUGUGUGCAAACAAAUUUCUUGACUAUAGAUUCUUUUCCAACACUUAUCCAUUGGCAUGCCAGAAAAGUGGUCAAAUAGUGUUUCGAAACACUCCUAUUGUUGAAUUUUUAUCUGCAAUGACAAACCCAACAUCCUAAAUCGACAUCGCUCUAGCGAAUUAUAUGCAUAGUACAGUUGUACAUCAAUGGAUCUUCUAUCUUUAGAACUUCCCCAACCCCUCUAUAUAUUGCCCUGCUCAUCUUCCCCAUCUCAAAACAUUCCUUGUGCUGCCUAUCCUCUUUCGCUCAUAUACAUUCAUCCUCCUCCGUCAAGGAUUUGUUUUAACAUGGGCUAUGACGAUCAGAACCAGUCCCAAGAUGCUCCUUUUAAGGGUCAUUAUGGUGCAAUGCCAUCGGGCUACAGUCUUGUUCCCCAACCUCCGUUAUCAGCCUAUGAUGCUAGCUCUACGUAAGGGCCCUUAUCCUGCUCCACCAUCGCCACUGAUUAAUGGCCCUUAUUCUGCUCCACCAUCGGCCUAUGGUGUUCCGCUUAAGGGCCCUUAUUCUACUCCACCGCCGGCCUAUGGCGCUCCGCUUCAAGGUCCAUAUGUUGCUCCGCGGCCAAUCUAUGUCGCUCCACCUCCUGUUUGCCCAUGCGUGAGAAAUCAUCAUUGUCAGAACGAAAAGCCACGGCCUCAGGAAAGUGAUUCCAAGUGCGAAGAUUUUUGCAAGGGAUGCUGUGGUGUCCUGUUGUUCUUCUGCCUCAUGGAUGCUAUUUUCUGAAGAAUGGAAGCUACUUUCUGAGGAUUGGAAGCUAUUUUCUGUGAUAUAUUGAACGAUGAAAGUUAUUACCUGAUGAAUGUGGAAUUC